CCUGCGCCCGGAUUCGACCGAACAGAUCGAGAUCGAGCGUUAACGAGCGUUGAGGGCAGCCUCCAUGGCGACAAGAUGAUGGCAUGGUGGGCAGCAUGGUGGGCAGCCCUGACGGCGGCCGCACUUGCCCGGGCGGCAGCCCUGACGCCGACGGAAACGGCACUCUGGACCUGGGCCGAAUCACAGGGUGCAAACGUCUCGCGCAUCGUUCCGACGACGGGCGUGUACGGGCGCGGCCUCGCGGCCGUCGACGGCAGCCAGGGAGAGCUCCUCUCGCUGCCCCGCCACCUGAUCAUGGGCUGCGACGCGGUCGCACGCGUCGCCUUGGAGCUGCCCGGCGUCGUCGCGUUCACGGGCUGCGAAGACGGCGUGGGCCGGACGUCCAUGCGCUUCGCCGGCGGCUUUGAAGCCUGGGACGGCAACACCCUGGUCGUGUUCGUCGCGCACCACAGGUUACUGGGCGCCGCGAGCCCGUGGGCGCCCUACCUGGACUCGCUCCCCGCCAGCUUCGACACGCUGCCUCCUUACCUGCUGGCCGUCGCGGCGGUCGGCGGCUCGGCGGAGGAGGCCGUCCGGGCGAUGGACGCGGCCGACGCGUUCGAAGGGGGCGCGCUCCGGGACGUCGUACAAAAAGAAGCGUCGAAGUGGCUCUACUUCUCCCGCCUCGUGGCCGCGGCGUUCGCGGACCACGCCGGCGUCGAGGCGACGCGGGCCCUGCGGACGGUCCUGUGGGCCAAGGCCGUCGUCGCCACGCGCGCCGUCCACCUCUCCUCGCUCGGACGGUGCCUGGUGCCGUUCUGGGACCUCAUCAACCACGGCGCGUACGCGGCCAAGCGCGAGGUCGUGGACGACGAGCGCGUCGCGUACGUCCGGGACGCGCCGUCCGACGGCGGCGAGCUCGUCCACGACUACCAGUUGAGUUCCUCCACCGGGGGCGCGUGCGCCUGGGACUGGCUCAUCACCUUCGGCUUCGUGCCGCGCGACGCGCAAAAAGUCGUCGUGUGCGCGCGCGUGCGCGUCCGCGGCGAGGUGUUCGAGCUCCCGGCGGACGCCGCGGCCCUCGCGCGCCUCGACGGCGAGGACGCGCGGCGCGCGCUCGAGGGCGCCCUCCUCGCGCUCCCGCCGGAGGACGCGCUCCGUGACGACACGGGAGACGCGGCCUACGUCAAGCUCCUCGAGCGCCGCGCGCUCCUCGACGCGCUGCGGGGCGGCGCGCCGAAGGAGGUUUUACGGCACGCGGUCGUCGUCGACGGCCGCGCGGAGACGAUCAACUACGCGCCGUGCGGCAACAUAACCAAAGCGGCGCGCGCGUUCGUCGACGAGCAUCUCACGGAUCUCACCGACGAGGCGCGUCGCGACCACGUCAACCGGCUCCGACCGAUGCUGGCGAGCAAGAUCGACGAUCAUGCGUGCGCGUCGAAGCGUGCAGACGAUGGCGAGGUCUGGCUGCACGAGGAAACUCGCGUGAUCAGCGCGAUGGGCUACUCGACGCCCGUGAGCGGCCACGACCUCGUCACGUUCACGCACCUCGUAAAUCUGGAGGCGCGCGCCGCGGCCGCCGCGGCGCGCACGUCGGGCGUCGGCGGGCUGGGCUGCGUGCCGGGCGACGUGGGGUGUUUGAAGGACAUCUUUGUAAGGCGGGGCCGGGAACUCGCCGAGGCGCAGCGGCAGAAAAUGGCCGGCGAGGGGACGUUUGUCGGAGAGAAGUUCGGCUGCGCGUUGAAUGGAGAGGGACCGGCGCCCGCCGUAGACGCGGCCUUCGCGCGCCUCGUUGCAAAGUGGACGCGCGUCGCCGUCACGGUCGCCGCGCGCGACGUCCUCGACUUCGCCGCGUCGUGGGGCCGCGGGUUAUUGGAUGCGGGCGCGCCGCAGUUCGUGGUCGCGGUCUAUGACGAGGACGCGGCGGCGACGCUCACCAAAGCGGUGGGCGCGGACCGGGUCGCGCGCGUGGCCGCGGGCACGACGCUCGCGGCGCUCGCGCGGGCGGCGCACGACCUAGGAAAGGACGUGCUCGCGACGGUGCCCGAGGUCGGUUUCCGCGGCGACCCGUGGCCGGCGCUCGCGCGGCGGCCGUGCGGCGCGCAGCUCCUCCCGUCGGGCUUCGAGGAUAGCACCGCCGAAAGGCACCUCGCGGACGAGGUGCGGCGGUGGUCGUCGAGCCACCGGCACAACCCCUUCUUGACCUGCGCGGCCCAAAAGCGGGCGCACUGGCGCCACGUCGUCGGCGUGGCAUAUCUACGAGCAAACGAUCCCGCCGCCGCGGCGAUCGCCGACGCGUGGGCGCGGUAUGCAUCAAAAUGCGCGUUCCACGCGGCGCUCGAGGCCGCGCUGGCCGAGGCGGCGCUGGCGGGCUUUGAUUUUUGUGGUUUGCGUUUGGAGGACGGCUUCGCGACACCAUUUCACUUCUGGAUGCUGGAUGCAAAGGAAAAACAUUUCCAGUGGUUCGUGGGCGACUGGACCUCGCCCGCGUCCGACAACGUGACCCUGGUCUACCCGGCGCGCCUGGACGCCGCUUGGUUCGAGGACGGGCACCUGAUCCCGCCGCUCAUCGACGCGACGUGUUUGGCUUCGAAAAGGGAAGUGCUGCGCACCGCGGGGGCCUGGUUCGGGCGUGGUACGGAGGAGCCGCCACCUCGCUUCCUUCCCGGCGGGAGAGAACCGCCUCGUAAUGAAGUGACGUUCGCGCUCUACGAGACGGACGCUGGCGAGAGGUGCCGCACGGCGUACUUCGACAAGAUCUGGAGUGAAUUGAAGAGGCACCCGCAGCGCGCGACGAACGCGGAAGACGUAACCUUCGUGCUGGCGGACCUCGACACGAUGAUGUGGUCCUGGCCGAACCCAAAUCUAGGCUUGGUGGGCCCCACGAGCUGGAUUGCGGGCGACCGACCGACGUGCUACCCCUGGCCCUUCACGGGACAGCUCGUGAUGGCCCCGUCGCUCUCGUCGGAAGACGUGGCCAACGCGCUCAAGGACCCGCGCCAGCGGCCGCCUCACAUAUUCGGGGCGCGGACGCCCGCGGACCGACCGAAGCACGCCGCCGACGCGCUGCUGGCGCCCGCGUCCGGCCUGGGGACGCCCGACGCGCCCCUGGUCGUUUUUAACUUCGCCGCGCCGAUCUGCGUCAUGGUGCCCGCCGCGCCGGAGUCGCUGCACUGCGUGCACGUGGACGAGGUACGGCGCCCCGGCGUCGUGCAGGCCUUCGUGGGGGCCGCGACGACGCAUUUCGUGCCCGGUACCGACAUCGCCUGGCCCGCGCCGCUCCAUCCGCGCUUCGACGAGAAGGCCGCCCGGGCGGCGCCGGACACGGGUGCCUGCGACCGCGCCGCGCGGCCGGUCUUCGCGUCGAUCCUCGGGACGGCGUCGCACGCGGUCCGCGCGACCCUGGCGGCCGCGCUCUCUACUCAAAACGACGCGCUCGCGUCGGCGCGUGACCCGACCAAGGACAUGGCGGACGGCCGCACCGGCGGCGAGCGGGACGACUACCUCAAGUCUCGACUCGACGCGCUCCGGUGCGAGCGGACGUCGCCGGACGCGGCCGUCGCGGUGAUGGCGUGCUCGCGCUUCGUGCUCGCGCCGCGGGGCCACAUGCUGCACUCGUCGCGGCUGCUCGAGGCGCUGUCGAUUGGCGCCGUGCCCGUCGUGGUCUCCGACGGGUGGGUCCUCCCGUUCGAACAUGAUUUGGUCGACUGGGCAGCUGUUGCCAUUCGCGUGGCGGAGGCCGACGCGGGGCGCGUCGCCGACAUCUUACGAACCGUCUCGGACGAGCGGUGGUGCGCGAUGCAGCGCGCGGGCCGGCGCGCGUACGCGGAUAUUCUCUCAAAGCCGGUCGACGCGCUCGUCCGCGUGUUCGAAGCACGGAACAGCAUCGCGAGGGGCGGUGCCAAUAAUGUCAUAAUGAGUUAA